CCCCCAAAUCAAAACAAAGGAAAUUUUCAGUGAUUAGCUCGCCAGUCGUCAUCAAAUUUGUGAAAGUCGUCAUUCUGCCUUCAGCAGAAAAUCGUUGGAAAAUCCAGGAAAUUGCAAAUUUUCAUCUCCCUAUCGGUAAAGUAAUUCCAAACCAAUAUGGGCAAGAUAUUCCUCGACCACAUUGGCGGGCAGAAGCUGUACUCGUGCGCGGCUUGCGAAACCAAUCUGACCAACAAACGGGAACUGAUCAGCACCAGAUUUACGGGGGCCACUGGGAGGGCCUACCUGUUCAAACGGGUCGUCAAUUUGACCUACUCUCCGGUGCAGGAUCGGGUCAUGCUCACCGGACGGCACAUGGUUCGGGACGUGAUGUGCAAGAACUGCAAGGCCAAACUCGGAUGGAUGUACGAAUUUGCCACCGAGGAAUCUCAGAAAUACAAGGAAGGUCGGGUGAUUUUGGAGCACGCUUUGAUUACCGAAUCGGAGGGUUUCCCGGAGGCGUGACCUUUUCUGUUCGACCCAGUCGAAUUCUAAAAAUCUAAAUUUAAAAUGAUACAGAACUGCUGAUUAAAUUAUCAUCAUAGGUUAAGUGACUUUCGGCGUAUGAUUGAUUAUAAGAAUUUCGAUA